GCGCCUGGCUACCAAGCUGCCGAGUGCGGGCGUGGGGAUCUUUGUCAGGGCGCAUGUAUCCACUACUCUUCUUAGUGGUGUUGGGGGCGUUACUGGCGGGUUCGAGAUCCUGCGAUCGUGGGCGGUGGCAGUGCACGUGCACGCGGGGAUCAAGGGGGGAUUCAUCGUCGGUUCGGCGUACAUGGAGUCGGUCCCAGACCCCGACUUUCUCACCACUAACUACCAGAAGCUCGUGCGCAUCGCGGAGUGUAUGCGUUACUUCUCUGCGCCAUUCAUCUUCGCAGGCGACUGGAACGCGGAGCCUGCCAACAUGGAGGUGUUGGGCUUCUUGCGGAUCAUGCCUGCCAUCGCGGUGGCCCCUCGGACGUCGGGUACAUGCCGAUCGGCUAAGACGGGGACCUACAGCACCAUCGACUAUUGGCUGGCCUCACCUGGCUUUGCGAAGGCCUGCGGCGUCCCCUACGUGCUUGACUCUUGGGCACCGAGGCCCCACUAUCCUGUGCGCAUGGAUAUCGGCGCGAAGCCCAGGGCGCACAUGCAGAUGCACCCCGAAGCGCCCAAGCCUUUCCCCAAGCAGGCACCGCGGUACUCAGGGGCCAGUCCUCUGUAUGGGCCGCCCAAGUUGCAGCCCUACCUGGACGUGGUCAGGCAAGAUGCUGAUCUCGGACGACCUGAAGAUGGGGACCAGGCUCAGCGGCGGCUCGACGGCCUCCACGCCAAUUUCAUCUCGUUCGUGGAACAGGACCUCUGCCAUAUCUACCAGGUGGACGUGCAAGAUCGUGAGAAGUACUGUGGAAGAGCGGACAUCCACGCGGCGGAUGGCGUGAUACUGUUCGAGUGGGCGUGGCCCGUGCUACAUUAUGCGUACAGACUGGAGGCCUCACAGUGCAUCCGGUUUGUCAAAGCUCUCGCCCUGACCUUUGAAGGCCAUGCCAAGAGCCUCGAGCAGCAGGCAGCCAGCAAGAGGGUUAAGAGUUUUCACAAGUGGGCCCAGGACGCGCUUAUCACUGGCGCCUCUCCAGUCUUCGGCAUGACCAAGCUGAAGGGAUGGGCGCACAAUGAAGUAGAUAGGUUCGGUGUUCGCUCAGCCCUUCCACAAGCAGUAGCUGACUGCCAGAUGGACAUGUGGAACGACAUAUGGCAAGGUACCAAGAUCUCCAGAGCUGCGGAUAAGGACACUAUCUACAAGGACGUGGACAGCAUCACCUGUGAUGCCAGCCUCGGCGACAACGAGUUCGACGUCGAGCACAUAGCAGACAGCCAGGACGACCUGAUGAAGCUCAUCCGCACCUUGCCAUGCGAGGCCAUGCAG